AAAGAGAGAGAAGGGAAGAAAUAGAGAGAGACAGAGAUAAAGAAAGAGAGAAAGAAACGAAGCAAGGAAAUCUUAUGCGAAUAGAAAGAAUUUAAUAUGUCUUUUCUCAAGACGCAGUGUUACGAGCGAUUACGUUCGUCAAGGUCAUCAAGAGAGCGUCUUCGGAAUAAUGUACGAAGGAAGGAUCUCUUUUUACCCUUCCAUGGCCGUAUAAUAAAAUUCACCAGGAGGAUCCCCCACAUUGUGGAUCUCGGAGAAGGAAGGAAGGAAGCGCGCAACAAGCAAAGCCAUCGCUUCGAGCGAUCGCGCGAUGUCAACUACGAGACGGAGAAACGUUGUUGGGAGAAAGAGAAGGAAGGAACGUGUCAAUCUGUAUCGUGGAAAGUCCACGGCUAACGACGGUAGAGUUCGCCGACGACGGUACUGGCGGUGCUUAUCCGAUCGGUCCGGGUAGGGAAACAAGUGUCUGUGUACAAGAUGGCGGCGCCCGGGGCUUUCACUGUCGUGAAAAUCGCGAGAAAGCGAGUGCUCUCGUUGUAAAAAAAAAAUAAAAUACGCUGGAAGAGAAAGACAAGUGUAGUAGCGUAGUAGUAGUCGUAAUAGUAAAUAGUAAAUAGUAACAAUAGUAGUAGUGUAGUAUUUAGUAGUAGUAUUGUAUAGCUUAGCGAUACAGCCCCGCGGAGGAGAGCGGUAUCGCGAGAGCCGAGACUACGACUAAUUGUCAAAGGAUGUGAUCCGAGAAGAAAAAGACCCAAGCUCUGACAUCCUCGAGCUCGGAGCUUCCUUAAGCCCCCUGGCUUUUGAUGAAAUAACAGAAUCUACGAGGAGGAUAUAGUCUCAUACAGAAGAAAUAAUACUAGUGGAAGAUAGAUAAUAAUAAGGAGGAGAAAAAUAAGAAGACUUAAGUGAAAAAGAAAAAGAAGAAGAAGAGGAAGGUGACGAAGACGAAACACAGUCGUCGUUGGCCGUUCGUUCGUUCGUCCGUUCGUCCGUCCGUUCGUUCGUUCGUUCGUUUGUUCGUUCGUUUGUUCGUUCGUUCGUUCGGUCAGGUUAUUGGGGUGUCCGAAAGUUAGUUAAAAGUGCAUUAGUGUUCGUCCUUUUAUAGAAGAAUCGUUGUUAUUCUUCUUUAACUUUUACCUUUCUUACUGCCGCCCCUCCCUAACCCCCUGUGUUCCUUUCUACCUUUUCUUCUCUCAGGGACUUUGGAGUGAACCUAACUAAGGUCUUCUGCUAAACCUUCGUUUCUCUUUCUUCCCCUCCCCUGUCCCUGUCCGUCCUAACCGCUCCUCUACCCGCCCCCUUGGGUUCUCUUCUUAGUCUCUGUCGUCGUAUCUCUUGGGUAAGAGCACGUAUACGUUCUUCGUCUACUGAGCGCUAUACCGCGAGAGUCAAUUACUUACUACAUCUUGUGAUAUAUAACGCAGUCGAAGGCCAAGAGCUAACACAUCUUCUGAUAUAUUUUCUACUACGACGACGACGACGAGGACUUGUGCAUUAAAAACAACAAUCAACAACACAACAUUGAAGACUAGUGUUAACGAAAAAGAGAAUGACUGCAACUACGGCGAUAACAACAACGACGACGACAACGACGAAGACGAAAACGGCGACGACGAAGACGAAGACGAAGACGAAGACGACGACGACGACGAGGACGACAACGAUGACGAUGGAGUCUAGACAAAGUUAUCAUGGACUCUGCCGAUUGUGUGCAUCUUACGACGCUGUUAUGAUGGAUAUUUUCGGUCAGGAGGGCAAAACACGACAAUUCGUCCAAAAAAUUCAAGCUUGUUUGCCAUUCCAGGUCAGAGAAAAUGAUAAUCUUCCAAAGAGCGUAUGCAGUCGUUGUAUUUACAACCUGGAGAAUUUUUAUGACUUUAGGACAGCAUGCCUCAAUGCUGUGUUAUUGUUAGAAAAACAUUUACCUCCAAGCGAAGCACUUGACAGUGAUAUAAAUAACUAUACGCAGUACAGUAAUGUACAAUUUCAACAAGAAAAAGAAAAUAUACCAAUAAUAAUACCAGAAGCUCCCAUAGUAAAUCCCAAUGCAGCUCUGGGUACACCACCAAGAUUAAAUUACAGUGGUGAAGUGGAUCAUGAAAUAGAAGAAUAUCUUGAAAAUGGUGCCACGGAUGAAGAGGCAACGUUUGAUUCGGAUGAUAGAAAAUCAGAUGAAUUUGAAUUGGAUAUGGAAACUAAUCCUAGUGAUUUCUUAGAAAUGCCCCCAAUGGUAACUGAAGAUAACGAAGAAACGAGUUCCAAAAAUAUCCCUACAGCAAUGCAAAAUUCUACAGUAUUUCAACAUACGUUGGAGCAACAUGAAGUGUAUGUGUGUUCGUUGUGUACCAAAGCAUUUAGUUCCAAAGGACAUUUGUCCCUUCAUGCGAGAAUUCAUACAGGCGCGGGCAAUGUUAUUGGUCAGAAGGUUAUCACCGAUGAUCAUACUUCUUAUAAAAGGCCUUAUCAGUGUGAUCUCUGUAACAAAUCUUAUUCAACAGCUAAACAUCGAUGGGGACAUGUAUCUACGACGCACAAAGGACAUCCUGCUGUUACAUGUGGGUAUUGUUCACGCAUUUAUUCAACCAGAAUGAAUUUGGAAGAACAUGUUAAAUCUCGACAUGCAGGUGUUUUGAAAUCAACUAAAUUACUAAAUCCUCUUUAUCGCUCAAAACCGAAAUAUUAUUGUAAAACGUGUUCAAAAAUGUUCACAAGUAUAACUGACUUAAAUAUUCAUAGUCAACUUUGUGUGAGACACUCAAUUGAAGUACAAUCUGAUAUUAGAAGCGGAAUAACCAAUAUGAAAGAACUGGUGAUUGAUACUUCGGAUGUAUCGAGUUGGGAUACAGAUGAUGAAAAUAAAGGAUUUAAAAAUGCAGAAGCAAAAUUAGCGAAAAAUCCACAACUUACGAUAUUGAAACAAGCGUUGAUUAAAGGGAGUAAAAGAAGUGCUCCAGAUGGAGAAGUUAAUCCACCUAAGAUAAUGAAAAUGGAGGAUGGUGAAAUUCAGAAGUGGUACUGUAACAUAUGUUCUAAAGGUUUUACAUCGGUAGAAGAUUUGAAAAAACACGAGACUACGCAUGAAACCGAUAAACCUUUUAUAUGUAUAUUGUGUAGAGAAGAAUUUGCUUUAAAAUCAUUGCUUAGUAAUCAUAUUUUGGUAUUGCAUGGAGUUGACCCAAAUCCUCUUGUAGAUAAUAAUUUAUGUUUAAAACAAAUUGUUCUUACGAAACCAUGGGGUCAACAGAUGCCGAUACCUAUAUCCGAUCAAAAAGAUACGAAGGAACCUUCAGAGUUUGUUUCGUCUCCAGAAAUAAAUAUAGAAAAUGAAGAUGAAAAUCCAGAUAGAAAUGUCCCUGAAAAUUCACUGGAUAUGGAGACUGUUUUUUUAUGUGAAUUAUGUUCACGGGAAUUUCAUGAUAGAGCAUCGUUGUGGUUACAUAUCCGUGCGACGCACAAAGAAUAUGCUGCUUUUGCUUGUGGAGUCUGUUUGAAAAUAUGUUCCAACAAUAAACAACUUGUAAGUCACGUUAAUAUGUUUCAUGGAGGAUCAAAAUUGCUUAUAUCUGAACAGAGAAGGUAUAGCUGCACAAUAUGUGGAAGACAACACGAUUCACGAAAAAAGUUAAUCGCUCAUGUAUCGAUACAUAAUAUUAAUACUACACUUGAUCCCGCAAAUUAUGUACAGUUAAAUAGUAAUUUUUGUAGCGAAACGUUAAAUGGUAAUGAAGCAAACGAAAAUAUUUUGGAGUAUGAUGGAGAUGAGGGAGAAAAAAUAGACUGCUAUAUAUGUUACAAAUCAUUUCCAAAUGAAGACCAUCUUGUAAGACACUUGAGGAAUGCUCAUAAGAACGAGCAAAUAACCGAUGUCCUUGGUGGUAAUAGGAAUUCAGGAAAUAUGAAUGGUACUGGUAAUAAGGCACAAUGUCAUUUAUUUUAUGUCUGUGAACUUUGUGGUAAUUCGCAUCGUAGUAAAUGGGAACGUUGGUUACAUGUCAGUAGUGAGCAUAGCGAUGAACCAUCUAUCAAGUGCGAACAGGAAGGCUGCGGAAAAAUAUUUGCUACCAAAACAUUACGCAAUGAUCACAUAAGUCAUCAUAAUAUGCAAGGCUCUUUGCCAAAUACCUGUGAAAUUUGUGGUAAAUUAUGGAACACUCGAGUGGAUUAUUGGAAGCACGUGAUGGGAGUACAUCAUGCAACAGUGCCGCUUAUAUGUGGUGUUUGUCUGAAAAUAUUUCCAAACUGUUUGCUUCUUAGAACGCACGUGAGAACUCUGCAUUGGCCAUUGACAAAUGCUGAUUUUAGUUGUGAUAUAUGUGGAAGACCUUAUGCUAACAAAUCUAAAAUGUUAAAACAUAGAAAUAUUCAUAGAAAGAAAGUUGAUGCAUAUAACAACAGUAUUAAUUCUAACUUGAACGAAUCGUCAAAUUAUGGGCAUAGUGUACCACCGGAAACGACGGAUUUAACAUGUGAAAUUUGUGUUGAAAUGAAAUUUCCAAAUUUGGAAAGUUUAUGCAAUCACAGACGUAUUGUGCAUGGUCUAUUUCCGUGCGAUCUUUGUAACAAAUAUUACGGCAGAACGUCUCAUUUAUGGAAACAUGUAAAUAGAGUACAUAAAGGUCACGUAGAUAUAACGUGUCCUUACUGUUUGAAAACGAGUGCGUCUAAAGAUCAUUUAGCAGGACAUAUCGCUAAAAUUCAUAGGUAUGAGUUAGAAGUUACAAAGGAUAAUAAGAAUUCAGUAAAUUUUAAAUCUUCUAACGGAGAAGAAGUGGCUUUACAUUAUUGUGAGAAAUGUAAUAAGGGAUUUUAUAAAAGAUAUUUACUUAGACGUCAUAUGAAAGCUUGUCAGAACUAUCGGAAAGAUCCAGGAGCAUUAUUGACUCGUUGUCGUGCUUGUGAAAGAAUAUUCAAAGAUCGUGCGAGUCUACGAAAGCAUAUUGAGAAUCAUCAUAGCAAUUAUACUUGUCAUUUAUGUGAGGAGACUGUUACUUCGAAAUUGGGUAUUAUGACUCAUAAUCGCAUCAAUCACAUGAACCAUCCAGAUUUGACUUGCACUAAUUGUAAUAAAUUAUUCAGAACUAAAGAAGAUUUAGAGUCUCAUAAAAAAGAUCAUAGAUAUCACAUGAGUCCGAAUGUUUGUGAUUACUGUGGAGAUACAGUAGAGAAUAAACUUAAAUUAAAAAUGCACGUACUAUCGUUACAUCGAAAUGAAAUAGGAGUAUCUUGCGGAGUCUGUUUGAUACCUAUGAAAGAUCCUAAAGAUUUGAAGAAACACGUCGAAGAUGAACAUGAAAGUGUUUUAUCCAUGCCAAAUACAUGCCACGUAUGUGGAAAACAGUAUGCAUCCAAAUGGAAAGCUUUUGAUCAUACAAAUAAAUGUCAUGGAAAGGUAUUUAUACCAUGUAAACAUUGUUUAGCUGUUUUUACAACCGAUGAAGAUAUCAAAGAUCACUAUGAACACGUUCAUAAUAUUUCUAAAAAUCAUGUAGCUCUAUUAGAAGAUCGUAUGGAUGUGCCAGUGGAUAUCAUUGUUAAAGAAGAACCAGAUGAUAUCGAUUUUGACGAAGAUUUAUGUGAGAAUGAUUUAAAUAAUUCUAAAGGAAGAAGAUCAUUAACCGAUACCUUUGAUUGCGAGAUGUGUCCAGAAAUAUUUCUUAAUUUUGAAACAUUAGCGAAACAUUGUGAAAAUGUUCACAAUACAAAUCCAAUUCAUAUGUCUUCAAAGAAAAAUAAUGAUAGUAAACGAAAAGCGAGGAAUCGAAAGAAUUUCGAAUGUAUCUAUUGCAAAAAACAAUUUUCUACUUACAGUUUAUUCUGGAAUCACGUUAAUGUAUGCGGCAGACAUAGUGGAUUUGACAUGCAAAAUAUUGCAUCUACGUCUAUUUUAGAAACUCAUUUAAAAAAUAAUAAUCAGAUAAAGAAGGAAGAAGCUUCGUCGUUUAUGAACGAAACGAAUUUGAACAUUCCAGAUUUUAAUUUAUUUGAAGAUAUAAAUCUACAAUUAUCAGCGCAGAAACCUGUACCAAAACUUAUGCCAUUGUCGCAUAUGAAACCACCCGCAACUAAAUGUUCGAGAAAAGAUUCUCGGAAAGUAUAUGACGAAUCAACGAAUACCGAAUGUACGUGUGAAGUUUGCGGUAAACCAUGGCCCGCCAAAAAACAUCUUUGGCAACAUCUUAUUCGUUUCCAUAAACCACAAGCGGCAGUAACCUGUGGUGUUUGUUUAAAAUUAUGUCAAUCUUAUCAAGACUUAUCUGAUCACUUAAAGGCUACGCAUGCAGCGAUAUUAUCUUGCGAAGGGAAUAAUUUCACGUGUAAAACUUGUGGCAGAUAUCACAAUGCUAGAAGUAAAUUAUUAUUACAUAUGAGCGUUCAUAUUGAUGACAUUGGACCAUUUUGGUGUCAGAAAUGUCAAGGAAGUUUUGAAAGUGAGAGUAAAUUUUCCGAGCAUCUACUAAUAUGUAAAAAGAAAAUCGAAUCGACGAGAAGUAAUUCGGAAGAUAAUAUGAAGAAUGAGAAUGAAGAGAAAGGUAGUUUGAUAGGUGAUGAGACUUCGGUCGUCGAAGAAGUGGAUGAGGUAGAAGUAGAUGAAGUUGAGGAAGUUGAAGAAGUCGACGAAGUAGAAGUCGACGAAGUAGAAGUCGACGAAGUAGAAGAAGUCGAUGAAGUAGAAGUCGACGAAGUAGAAGAAUAUUUUGAUUCCUUAUCGGAAGAAGAUGGUGCUACUCAGGAAUACACUAAUAGUGAAAAUUCAGAGCAUUCUGGGAGUUUGGACAGUGGCAGUAAUAAUAGUACGAGCAAUGGAGAGGAAGCAGAAGGAGAAAAUGAUUUUGAAGCUAGGUCUAAAUCUAAUAACAGAACUAUUGCUACCGAAAGUGACGAUACUAAUUCGGAAAAUGUAGGGGCGAUUAAAAAUCAAAAUUUAAACGAUAUGAAUCGUUUUAUGAUACACAACGAAGAUACGGAAAAAAAUAAGGAUGAGAAGGAUAAUUCGAAAAUCAAAUUAUUGAGUCCUGAAACUAUAAGAGAUUGCAAUGAAAUAAACAAACAAGAAGAACAAGAUUUGAAUUUAACUGAAUCCUUGAACGGCGCUAAAUUGAGUAAUUUUCACGUAAAGAAGAAGGAAGGAGGAAGAAGCCAAAUGGAUUUUACAGAUGAAGAAGAUGACGGUCCACCUGUUUUGAGUCCAAUAAUGCCUUUAUUAGAACAGGAAUCGGUACAGCGUAAUAAUCCAAUAGAUGACACGAGACACAAGCUUAGUCCAAUGGUAACAAUGAAUGACGAUAAAACAUUGGAAAUAUGCGAAUUACCUGAAAAUUGUAACGAUGUUGAAAGAAAUACUAUGUCAUCGAUGGCCAAUCCUAUUAAUUAUUAUGAAAAUUCUGAUAACAAUAAGAUGAAUAUUAAUAUUGAAUAUGGAUGCGAGGAUUUUGAAAAUAUGGAUAAUGACGAAGAAGAAGAAGAAGAAGAAGAUAGUAUGUCAACCAAUGAAGAUGGUCAAAUGGAAAUAGAUGAGCAAAUGGAUAUAGACGAACAAAACGUAGAUUGUAAUAAUGAGAAUGGAUACGAAAAACUGGACAUUAGUAUCAAUGAUUCCGAGAUGGAUUCUUAUGAAGAUAAUUUAGAUGAAGAAAUGAAAUAUGACGAGACUAGAGAUACUAACGUACAAAUUCAUGAUUUGAAUGGAGCUGUUUUAAUGGUAACUAAUGAUUCCGAGGGUAAUCAAAUUUUAAUUCAACCAAGCGUAUUAACUAUAAGAAACGAGGAUUGUAACGCAGGUACGACAGCAUUCAUUUAUGAUGAAGCGAAUGAGUACGAAAUGGAAGAUUACGGGAUAGUACAGCAAGAAGGAAGUUCUGACGACAUUCACAAUAUGUCGUUCAUUCAAGAAGAAUCUGAUAAUGAGGAGGAUAGCAUGGAAGGUAUCGAAAUAACUGAUACAAAAGAACAUAAUAUUAGUGCCAAAAGCGAACAAUUUAACGUAUAAGUCUGUAACAAACGUGGGCGUAAGAUAAAAGAAAUAUCGAUGAGGGUCCAUAAAUGUGAGGCGGUCGUGUUUAAAAUAAUGUCGUACGUACCUUGAAGAAAAGUGGAGAAAUGAAUGCAUUGUGUACAGUAGUAGUAAUAAGUACAAAUAUUUCUAGCUUUUGACUAAUUUUUUAUAGAAUUUUCAUAUAGAAAAUAUAAUGUACGAUAUAUAUCACUAUACCGUAUAACACUUGCAUGGAUAUAUCGUGUUUACAUACAUACAUAUGUAUAUAUGUAUAUUUCUGUAAACAAAAGGUAUAUAUGCCUUAGAAAAACUGCAAGCUUCCAAAAUAUAAUUUUAAUCGAUAAUGAUAUAUAUAUAGCAAUGAUGAAUAAUUGAUAAAAGUUGGAUUUUAUAGCAAAAUUACGUUAAUUAUAAUUUUCGAUAUAGACAAGUUUUAUAUCGUUUGCGUACAAGUACACAUGUGUCAAAUGCUAAAUCUUUGCAUGAUUUAUUAGAACAUCUAUUAGACAUACAUAGAUAGGCCUCGAAAAAAAAUAUGAUUUCUUAGAUAUUUCUUAAAUGAUUUGAUAAAAAAAUAUUAUUUUUCACUAAUAUUCUUUUAAUUGAAAUGAGAAAAACUAAAAGAAAAUCCCGUAUUAUCUUAACGCUUGAAACGUGCACUGAUAUUAUUAUAUGUUUAAUUAUUACUCGUCUUUGAUAUUCAUUCCAAAAUAAUU